AUGAGCCGCUCAAAAAAAGAGGCUGUAUCAAACCAUUCACGACAAAGCAGGAGUUUGGAUAACAAUGAACUACCCAGUGGCUCCCGACAGAUCGAAAAUGGGGAUCACAAUAAUACGCCUCAAUACAUGAACCAUGUCAUGUCACGCUUUGGACACCAUUUAUCUGCUCAUGAAUGGUCCCUGUUCUCACAAUCCAUGGUGCCAAUGCUACAAAGUAGCUCCCCUGGUAGCACACAACAAAGAACCGUAGUCAGUAGCACAGCCGCCGGGAUCUCCCUUUCCCCGAGCUCACCACUUGAAGUCACCCAAUCUCUUUCGACACCUUCCAUUGUUGGUGCUACGACUCAUCAAUCACUAUCACCACGUAUAAAAAGUGCUCUACAGGAGAAAACUGAUAACAACUAUCAAAAAGAAGAGCAUCGAGGUUCACCAUCAUCAUCCAAGCAUAUGGAUUGGGACCCUGAAGAGCCACAAUCCAUUUUCCACAACAAGAAGAUGCAUAAGUGA